GUCCAGUUUGGGGUUCUCAGCCCUUUAUUCCAAGUGAACACAUUGAGAGGGUCCUGGGACAGUAAUGGGAAAGUAGGUGAUUUGGCAGAAUGGGCUUCCUUCAUUCUGUUACAAGGAGAUAGUCCCCCUGUGACCCAUGAGGCCUCGCCUCCCUUGCUUCCAUCGUGUCUUUGUUUUGAAAUAACCCCCAGAAAAAGGUCUUUCUGCUCUAACUGCCGCGUGUUGGCUUUCUCAGCCUGCUGCAAGGGAGGAGUAGGGCAGGAUCUCUAGGGCUUUGGAUUUUGCCAUUGUAAACAUUGGGCCUUUCCCUGAAUUUGUUUCAUGUUGGGAAACAAGCAUGGUGUCGUCUCCUUGUAGUCACAUUGAAGAUUUCACAAGCACCCACUUAUUUAUUGCUAAUCAAAAUUAUCAUAUUUAAGAGAACCCACUCUUUGGGUGCCACUGCUGAAAUGAACAGUGUCACCACUCGGCGUACCUCAUUCCCCCAAGCCAAAGUUUUUAUUAAGAUUAAGAUAACUCUACAAUGGACCAAAACUGAUUCUCCAUGGUCUGGGAUGUAUGCUGGCAGACACAAACUGCUUGCUUGGAUGUCAUAAAACAGGACUUAACAAAGGGCCACAAAACAGGGAAUUGUCUCUGCCUGGAUGUGUCGAAACUACGCUCCAACUUGAGACUUGAAUCUGGGGGGGUUCUUCCCCCACCCCACUGGGGAAGUGGAGAGCUCCCCUUGCAAUCCUUUCUGGUUGGUUUGGGGGUACACGCCAACUGAAAGGAACUGGCUACAAAAAUGGCAACCCCAGUUGUUACCAAGACCGCAUGGAAGCUACAGGAAAUUGUGGCCCACGCCAGCAAUGUGUCCUCCCUGGUGUUGGGCAAAGGCUCGGGACGGCUUUUAGCAACAGGAGGAGAUGAUUGCCGGGUUAACCUGUGGUCAGUGAACAAGCCCAACUGCAUCAUGAGCUUAACUGGCCACACGUCACCCGUGGAGAGCGUCCGACUCAACACCCCCGAGGAGCUCAUUGUGGCCGGAUCCCAGUCAGGCUCCAUUCGCGUUUGGGACCUGGAAGCUGCCAAAAUUCUUCGUACCUUAAUGGGGCAUAAAGCCAACAUCUGCAGCCUGGACUUCCAUCCCUAUGGGGAGUUUGUAGCCUCUGGUUCUCAGGAUACAAACAUUAAGCUCUGGGACAUACGGAGAAAAGGCUGUGUGUUCCGGUAUAAGGGGCACACUCAGGCCGUCAGAUGUCUCCGGUUUAGCCCCGAUGGGAAAUGGUUAGCGUCUGCUGCAGAUGACCACAGCGUGAAGCUUUGGGAUCUGACUGCGGGGAAGAUGAUGUCCGAGUUCCUGGGACACACGGGGCCCGUCAACGUGGUAGAGUUUCACCCCAAUGAGUACCUCCUGGCUUCUGGCAGUGCAGACAGGACAAUCCGCUUCUGGGAUCUGGAGAAGUUCCAGGUGGUCAGCUGCAUCGAAGGGGAACCUGGGCCUGUCAGGAGUAUACUCUUCAACCCUGACGGCUGCUGCUUGUACAGCGGGUGUCAAGACUCCCUCCGGGUGUAUGGCUGGGAACCGGAGCGUUGCUUUGACGUGGUCCUGGUGAACUGGGGCAAGGUGGCCGACCUGACCACCUGCAACAACCAGCUGAUCGGCGUCUCCUUUGCCCAGAGCAAUGUUUCCUCUUACGUGGUGGAUCUGAACCGGGUCACAAGGUCUGGGACUAUUGUGCAAGACCCAGUGCAGGACAGCAGGCCCGUAGCUCAGCCCACACCCACCGGUUCCACCAUCCGCCGAGGCUACGAGAGGCCGGCCACAGCCUGCAGCAAACCCCAGAGGGUGAAGCAGAACUCGGAGAGCGAGAGGCGGAGCCCCAGCAGCGAGGAUGACCGUGACGAGCGGGAAUCCCGGGCCGAGAUCCAGAACGCCGAGGACUACAAGGAGAUCUUCCAGCCCAAGAACAGCAUCAGUCGGACCCCACCCAAGAGGAGUGAGCCAUUCCCCGCCCCUCCAGAGGACGACGUGGCCAUAGCAAAGGAGGCGUCCAAGCCCAGCCAGGCCAUGGACGUCCAACUCCCGAUGCCAAACAGAGGAAACUCUGACUUUGUGCCCAGGGUUCCCGUUGCCACCUCCACCCCAAUGCCCAAAGCUGAGCCUGCUGUCAUUCCUGCUGCCAGAAAUGAGCCCAUCGGGCUCAAAGCCUCCGACUUCCUACCUGCCGUGAAGAUGCCCAACCAGUCAGAGAUGGUGGAUGAAGAUGCCAUGUCCCAAAUCCGAAAGGGCCACGAUACCAUGUGUGUGGUUCUGACCAGCCGUCAUAAGAACCUGGACACGGUGCGGGCCGUCUGGACCACGGGCGACAUCAAGACAUCCGUGGACUCAGCCGUGGCCAUCAAUGACCUGUCCGUGGUUGUAGACCUCCUCAACAUAGUGAAUCAGAAAGCGUCUCUUUGGAAACUGGACCUCUGCACCACUGUCCUCCCACAGAUUGAGAAGCUGCUUCAGAGUAAAUAUGAGAGCUACGUGCAGACGGGGUGCACCUCCUUAAAGCUGAUCCUGCAGCGGUUUCUACCCCUGAUCACAGACAUCCUGGCUGCCCCGCCUUCAGUGGGGGUGGACAUCAGCCGAGAGGAGAGACUCCACAAGUGCAGGCUGUGCUACAAGCAGCUGAAGAACAUCAGCCACCUCAUCAAGACCAAGUCCGGCCUCAGCGGCCGCCACGGCAGUGCCUUCCGGGAGCUGCAUCUGCUCAUGGCCCCCUUGGACUGAGUGACCAGCACAUCCCCGGGCUCGCACGCGCACCCUCUGCCCGGCCCCUGCUCAGCCUGUCCCCAGGACCUCCACACACAGAAGGGGACGGGGCUGGGCCGGGACUCGAGGCAGAGAACCCCCCUCCUGCCCCUCGCCCCCCAGGCUUAGAGGUUCUGGAAGCCCGGCUCUCCCACUCAACGUCGCCUCUCCGUUCUCCCCGUCCCGGACCCGCUCUGGGGCCCAGCCACGUCUGUUGGGUUGGGACCCGUGUGGGCUUUGUCCCGAGAGACUCGGACCUCCACCCCGGCGUCCACACGGCACUCAGAAACUCCCUGCCAGCGGUGCGGGCUCCCAGCUCUGCGCGGCUCCUGCAGAGGGAGGAGAGGGGCCAGCCGGGGGCUCCUGCAAUGACUUUGUUCUCCAAUAAACAGCUGUCCAACUUG